UGGGAUUAGAAAAAAAGUUAACGGAGUGAAGUUGACUAGAGUAGUGCGCCACCGGUCCCCUGCCGGUCAUUCCUCCUUUCUCCUGGUCGCAGUCGGGAUUUUCGUCAAAAUUAUGGCUGUUUUUAUGCUCAACGUCUGUAAAUUCAACGACUGCGGCCUCAUCUUCAAGAAUCUCGGACGACUGAUACAACAUAUUGAAGAAAAUCAUAUCGACUAUGAUCCCCAAGUCGUGGAGCAGAAGGAGAGGCAGCAACCUCCGUGCGUUCCUCUGUCCUAUGUUCUACGAUUUUUUACGGAUGCAGCUAGAAGAGAGGUCAUGAAGCCUCUCCAGGCUCGAGCUGAUAUGUGUAAUUCCUCGUCGGACCGAAUUAUAAGCGACAGUCCAACAGAAAUCGAUGAUGAUUUUACAAGCGAGCCAGAAGAUAGCAACGAUUCUUGGACCACGACUGAAGAUUUAUCGACUGACUAUACUUUAAAAUAUGCCAAAAGCAAUCGUAACACUAAUGAGAAAAGCGUCCACAAAAAGUUCCCCUGCCCUGUGCCCGGUUGCAAAAAAAGUUACAAAAACGUGAAUGGUAUAAAAUAUCAUACGAAGAAUGGACACAAAAAUGAUGGAAAGAUGCAACGAGGAUUCAAGUGUCCGUGCGGAAAAAAUUAUAAAACUGUCUACGGUUUAAAAAAUCAUGCCUCAGUACAUCAUGGGAAUUCAUUGGCCGAGACAUUGAAAUUCCUCGAAACCGAAAUGGAUAUUGAUUGCGUUAAUCAAGAGAUGAAAUUAAAUGAAGAUGUAAAAAAUUCCGCAAUGGAGGAUCAUGUUUAUGUGAAGCAAAAUCGUUCCAACGAGAGAGAUUCCGAGACUUUAGGAAUUAUAACGCCCGCCUCAACUCCGCCACUAUCAACAACGCAAAGUGCAGCAAAAAUCGAGACAAUUCUUUAUGAUCGGCAAGUACGAUCAUUACACAAUUAUUUUGCCGAGGCGAGUUCCGAUCAUUCUUACAAUAACUAAAAACUCUACAAAACAAAAAAAAAACUAGUCAGUUGAUGAGAUUAUUAUUUUUUAUUAAAAAAAGCCAGAACAACAAUUGUGGAAAACAUUUUUUUUAAUGAAUUCAAAUAUUCUUCAAAAAAAAGAUUUUUAUACAAUUUUGCAAAAAACUUUAUAUUUGUUAAUUAGAAAUCGCAAAAGAAAUUAGUUACUAAUUUUGUU